UCUGGCACUUCACUUCACCGGUCUAGUCAGGAAGUUUGUUAUGCAGGUGUCUUGGUUUCUGCUUCACUGAUCUGGGAUCAAAAGAAACUCUUAAUAUUCGACCUACAAUUAGAUAUAGAUCUGAAUAACAUUGACGUGAUAGUGUUCAUUUUAUCGAGAAACUCAAAUACAGCUUACCUGUGGAACACCUGUCGCUGUCACCAUCUUCACAGGACAAUGGACCACGACUUUAACAUCGCGUGUCGAAACUGAGCGAAACUAGUGGAAGGAACAUUGUGAAGGCAGUGAAACAUAAUUUGUUGUCGUCUAAUUUCUGAUAUGGAUUCAAUGGAUUCUGGAACUAAAUUUACUCCCACGCAGGAUGACGACGGUGACACUUCCAUCCAGUUCCUGCCUGCCUCAGACUUCACAAAGCUGGAGAAAAAGAGAGGGCACAAGAAGAAGAAGAUUGGUUUAGGAAUCGGCUUUGUAGUACUGGCAGCAGUGAUAGCCCUCACAACAGGAUUGCUGGUUUGGCACUUUGACUCGCGCAAAGAUGUGAGAGAAAGAAAGGUUUACGUUGGCUCUAUCAGCAUCCCUAGCCAAAGAUUUGUAGACGAUUAUGAGGACUCCAACAGCACAGAGUUUCAAAACCUGGCUAUGCAGGUGAACGACAAGAUAAAGAAUGUCUACAUGAAAAUACCAGUGCUGUCCAAAUAUUUUGUUGGAUCAACAGUGCAAGAUUUCAGUGAGGAUGAUAGUGGGAAUGGAGACAGUGUAUUGGCCUAUUACCUGUCAGAGUUUGAGGUCCCCAAACCACUUGAGGAUGAUGUGGACGAGGCCAUUGGCUCUCUGGUUGUGGAGGCGGACGGUCAGCAGGGUCGCAUGGGUCGUAGGCCUGUCAGCUCCCUCAGCAUGAACAACGUCAUUUCUGGAGCUCUAGACCCGCGGAUGACAAAGACAACAUUCAAAGACAAAAAGAAAUACUCCUAUCACACCCACAAUGGUGAAACAGGCACAAUCCAAUCACCUGGCUUUCCUGACUCUCCCUAUCCUCCCAACACCUACACACAGUGGAGGCUGCGGGCAGACCCAGGCUACAGAGUCAAGGUGGUGUUUGACACCUUCAACCUGGAGGAAGACUGUCAGAAGGACUUCAUCAAAGUGUAUGACUCACUGGUGCCCAUGGAGCAACGCGUGUUGGCAGAGAAGUGUGGCUAUAUGAACCCCAGUGAGCCCCUCUCCUUCACUUCAUCUGGGAAUGUUAUGCUGCUGAUAUUGGUCACCAGUGAGGAGAAGAACUUCCCUGGUUUUAGGGUCAGGUUCUUCCAGAUUCCCUUAAAAGCUACAGAUUGCGGGGAGAUAUUGUCAGGACUGAAGGGAAAUUUCACAUCACCAAGCUUCCCGUCCUAUUACCCACCCAAGACUAAAUGCAUCUGGGACAUUGAGGUCCCAAUAGAUAGGUUCAUCAAGGUUCAGUUUAGCAAGUUUGUGUUGGCUGAGCCAGUGAAGGAUAAGACAUGUCCUAAAGACUACGUAGAGGUCAAUGAAGAAAGGCUAUGUGGUGAGAAACGAGACAACACUGUGGUCAUCAGCAAGACCAACAAAGUCCGGGUGGUAUUUAACUCUGACAUGUCCCAUGUGAAUAGAGGUUUCUCUGCGGAGUUCGAAGCCUUUUUGCCGUCUGAUCCUUGUCCCGGGAAGUUCAAAUGCGCAAACAACCUCUGCAUCGACAACAGCCUGGAGUGUGAUGGCAUGAAUGAUUGUGGAGACAACACUGAUGAGGACCACUGCGAGUGCAAAGAGUCCCAGCUCCGGUGUGGAAACGGCCUGUGUAAAGCCAAGUUCUGGCAGUGUGACGGUCUGGACGACUGUGGGGACAACACAGACGAGGCCAACUGUGGGAGCUGUCCAACCGGGGAGUUUGCCUGCAGAAGUGGCGGUUGUGUCUCAGAGACACUGAAGUGUAACGGAUAUCCUGACUGCACCGACAGCUCAGAUGAAUCCAAGUGUCCCAAAUCCCUGGUAGUGCAAUGCUCUGAAAAUACAUACAAGUGUAAGAGUAGCCAUUGUAUCAGCAAGAUGAACCCGGAGUGUGAUGGAGAAGAAGACUGUGAGGACCACUCAGAUGAGGCAGGUUGUGAGUGUGGAAUCAGACCCUACAAAAGCUCCCGAAUUGUGGGUGGAGAGUUCUCCAGUGAGGGGGAGUGGCCAUGGCAAGUCAGUCUUCAAAUCCGGGGAGCUGGCCAUGUGUGUGGAGCCUCAGUCAUCAGUAAACGCUGGCUGGUCACCGCUGCCCACUGUGUCCAGGAUGACGAUAAAUUCAAGUACUCUCGACCAGACAUCUGGGAGGCUCACCUUGGCCUUCUCAUCCAGAGUCAGACUAACAAGUGGACCAUAAAGAAGAACCUGAAACAGAUCAUUCCUCACCCUUCCUACACCCCUUUAAACUAUGAUAAUGACAUAGCACUCAUGGAACUAGAGAGUGAGGUCACACUCAACGAGAACAUCUGGCCUAUCUGCUUACCAGCUUCCUCUCAUGAUUUCCCUGCUGGCAAAUCUGUGUGGAUCACUGGCUGGGGGCACACUAGAGAGGGAGGUUUCGCUGCCAACAUCUUACAAAAGGCAGAGGUCCGCGUCAUCAACGGAACAGUGUGUAACAAGCUGAUGGAGGGACAGAUCACGUCACGCAUGUUAUGUGCAGGUGUUCUGACAGGAGGAGUGGAUGCCUGUCAGGGGGACUCUGGAGGUCCGAUGUCUUCUACAGAAGCACAAGGGCGUGUGUUCCUAGCGGGCGUGGUGAGCUGGGGCGAUGGCUGUGCCCGCAAGAACAAGCCUGGCGUCUAUACUCGUGUGACUACGUUCAGGGACUGGAUCAAGGAGAAAACUGGGGUGUAGCAUACUAGGAACUGGGUUGACAGGAUGAGCUGGUGACACACCCAAUAACUGUCACCCUUAGCGUGAACUCUUCAGAUUCCUGGUUGUUUUUCACGCCAUGACAUGAAGUGACAACCCUUAAAGUUCAAUGCUAGGCUUGAAAUCUUUAAAUGUCAAGGUUUUUUCUGCUAAAGGACAGUCCAGCAAUUACAUUGUAUGGUGUUUACAUGCUCUUGUGUUUUUAUCUGUUGUGUUUUUGAUUUGUGCAUUUGUUUACCAGGGAAAUUAUUUUUGACAAUCCAUUCGAUAUGUGUUUCUUGUUUACUCAAUUCAAAUUGGUAGAGUACUUAAAGUGGGUGGAGUGAUUCAAGCAUGUUUUGCUGGUUUAUCUGAGGAACAUCUAAGAUUCACCCUACCUAUUAAUCAAUGGAUAGUUUGUUAUAAUCACACUGGGUCCAUGGUUUUAUAUUUAAUAUUAAUUAAAUCAGUAUUUAUCAAAGAACUUCAGAACCAGAGUUCAACAUACCAUGUGUGCAGUGACAGAAAAGAGCACAGAUUCUUAUCUGAGUUCUUUGAGUUUUCAUUGAGGCACAUUAUUUACAUAAUCAGGGAAACUAUACUUAGAUACAUUUAUAUUUUUCAGUUAAUACCAUCUAUGAUUCAAUACCAAAUCUCAGUUUAGCUGGUUAAGUAACUGAGGUUUACAUGUGGUGUACAGUAUUUUUGAUACAUUUCAAUGAUCUGUCCUGAAUCUUAAUUAUUAUAUACAUUAAGGCACUCACAAUUUGGAUGUGCAUGAGGUUUCUAUUGUCUGAAUAUAUUGACUUUGAAUGAACAUUCCUUAUCUCCUUAUUUCCUAAACAUUCUGGUGCUUACACUAUAUGUGAAUCUUAAUUAUGUGUGAUAGAGGGUUUCACUACAGUGAAAUCAUAUUUUUGCUACGGAAAUGUUUGAUGCCUGCUUAACCUGUUUUUAUGAUGUUUUUUUUUUUUCUGUAAAUUUGUGAUUAUUUCUGAUGCAUCUAGUAUGUGUGUUUCAAUAAUCUUUAUUGCAUUUAGACCCUGGCUAUGUAAACCUUAAAAAUAUUUUGAAAGACAUAAA